AUGGAUCAUUAUCAGAAAACCGUCCGGCGAGUGAAGGCGUUAAGCCCGGAGCUCGCCCUCCAUUACAUCCUCCCAGCAGUCAAGCCCGAACCAUUUAAAGAUAACGUUUGCCGACGGGCUCCCAAAACUAUGGAAGAGUUGAGGGAGCGUGCGGCGGACGAGAUUAGGGUGGAAGAGAUGAAAUUGUCAUACAAGAAGGAGGUCCAGGAACUUAGGGGGGAACGGGCGGAUGCGGGAAAGGAGAAGAUCCUCCGGGAGGCGCUAAGCGCGGAUUUGCUUCCCGAACCUGUGAAGCGGCCUACUCCGUCAGGCACGGACGGGAGCAAACAUUGUGCCUACCACAAGAACAUGGGCCACACCACAGAAGAGUGUGUGACCCUGAAGGACAAAAUUGAAGAGUUAAUCCGGGCGGGGAAGCUCAAGAAGUACAUUCGGGAUGACCGCCCUCAGGCACCCGCAGAGCGGCCCACCCAACGACCGGCGUACAGGACCGACAGGUCUAGGAAUGAUCGGGCCGAGCGCCCCCGCUCCGAGCGACAACGAAGCAGGAGCCGCAGCAGAAGCCGCGAACGUCCCCUGCGGGGGCAUAUUAAUACCAUCUCGGGAGGCUUCGCCGGGGGAGGAUCAUCUUCGUCCACCCGGAAGCGCCACGUACGGGCCUUGUAG